UAGGAGAAAGAGUUGGUGUAGCUGAGAAAGAAAUUGAAGAACUUGGAAAAGAUUGUAAAGGUGCAGAGAUAAAGGUGCAGAGAUGGAUCGAGGAGACUUGAAUGACAUUGAAAGCGAAGGACUGCCUAUUGAUAGAAGGGAUCUGGAGAGGAACUGUUCGGACAUAUCGGAAAAAGAUACUAUGAUCAGGGAACCACUCCUUAAGAGGAGGAUGAACACCACCUCGCAGAUUGCCAUUAUUGGUUCUAAUGUCUGCCCAAUUGAAAGCCUUGAUUACGAGAUUGUUGAAAAUGAAUUAUUCAAACAGGAUUGGAGGUCAAGGAAAAAAGUUCAGAUAUUUCAAUACAUUGUCCUCAAGUGGACUCUUGCACUUCUUAUAGGGCUAGGUACAGGGCUUGUUGGCUUCUUUAACAACCUUGCAGUCGAGAACAUAGCAGGUUUCAAGUUGCUGCUCACUAACAAUCUCUUACUCGAUAAGAAGUAUGUCAAGGCAUUUUUAGCAUUUGCUGGUUCCAAUGUGGUUUUGGCAGCUUUUGCUGCAGCCCUUUGUGCAUACAUAGCCCCCGCAGCAGCUGGGUCUGGCAUACCUGAAGUGAAAGCCUAUCUUAAUGGUGUUGAUGCUUAUUCCAUUUUGGCUCCAGGUACUCUCUUUGUAAAGAUUUUUGGUUCCAUUUUUGGAGUCUCUGCUGGAUUUGUUUUGGGUAAGGAGGGACCUAUGGUACAUACAGGAGCUUGCAUAGCCUCUUUACUUGGCCAAGGUGGGUCUCGCAAGUAUCACUUGACUUGGAAAGGACUCCGGUACUUUAAAAAUGACCGGGACCGGAGGGACUUGAUCACUUGUGGUGCUGCUGCUGGAGUUGCUGCCGCUUUCCGUGCUCCAGUUGGUGGAGUUCUAUUUGCCCUUGAAGAAGCAGCUUCAUGGUGGAGGAGUGCUCUUCUUUGGAGAACAUUUUUCACUACAGCUGUAGUGGCUGUAGUGUUGAGAGGUUUUAUAGAUUUUUGCCAGAGUGGAAAUUGUGGCCUCUUUGGGCAAGGAGGACUGAUCAUGUUUGAUGUCAGUUCAGCGAAUGCCGCAUAUAGCAGCCCAGACCUAUUAGCAGUAAUAGUUCUUGGAAUUAUUGGGGGGAUUUUUGGAAGCCUCUACAACUAUCUCGUGGACAAGGUCUUGCGUACUUACAGCAUCAUCAAUGAGAAAGGUGCGCUAUUUAAAGUGAUCCUUGUCAUUGCCAUCUCCCUCCUGACCUCAUGCUGUUCAUUCGGCCUUCCAUGGUUGGCAAAGUGCACACCCUGCCCUGUUGACUUGCACGAGCCAUGCCCCACCAUAGGUCGAUCGGGCAACUUCAAGAACUUCCAGUGCCCGUCAGGCCAUUACAAUGACCUUGCCUCCCUCUUCCUCAACACCAAUGAUGAUGCUAUCCGUAACCUAUUUAGCUCUGGCACUAAGAAUGAAUUUCACAUGUCCACCCUAAUAAUCUUCUUUGCUGCUGUUUAUUGCCUCGGCAUUAUCACUUAUGGCAUUGCUGUUCCCUCUGGACUCUUCAUCCCAGUCAUCCUCGCUGGAGCCACCUACGGACGCUUGGUUGGAAACCUUCUUGGGUCCCUUUCUGACCUCGAUGCUGGUCUAUUUGCUCUCCUUGGAGCUGCCUCUUUCCUUGGUGGCACCAUGAGGAUGACAGUGUCUCUUUGUGUCAUAUUGCUUGAGCUCACCAAUGAUCUCCUAAUGCUUCCCUUGAUGAUGCUAGUUCUACUUAUCUCAAAAACUGUAGCAGAUUGCUUCAACAAAGGUGUGUAUGACCAAAUAGUGAAAAUGAAGGGUUUUCCUUUCCUGGAAGCCCAUGCAGAACCUUAUAUGAGGCAUUUAGUCGCGGGGGAUGUUGUGUCAGGUCCAUUAAUCACUUUCGCUGGUGUGGAGAAGGUGGGCAAUAUUAUACAUGCUUUGAAAAUGACAGGACACAAUGGUUUCCCAGUGAUUGAUGAGCCACCCUUCUCAGAUGCACCAGAAUUGGUUGGCCUUGUGCUGAGGUCCCAUCUGCUUGUGUUACUCAAGGGGAAAAUGUUCUCGCGAGAGAGGGUGUUGACUGGGGAUGAGAUAUCACGGAGGUUUGAUGCAUUUGAUUUUGCCAAAGCAGGAUCUGGUAAGGGGGUAAAGCUAGCGGACCUGGACCUUCAGGAGGAGGAUAUGGAGAUGUACAUUGAUCUACAUCCAAUCACUAAUACAUCUCCAUACACAGUUGUGGAGACAAUGUCUCUAGCCAAAGCUAAGCUGCUCUUUAGGCAGCUUGGCUUAAGGCAUAUGUGUGUGGUACCAAAAACCACAGAUAGACCACCGAUCGUUGGAAUCUUGACGCGGCAUGACUUUAUGCCAGAGCAUGUAUUAGAUCUCUUCCCUCACUUCAAACCCACAAGAAGGGGAAGGAAGUAACUUGGAGGUUUUAUGGCUAUGAUGUUAGUUUGACUCAAUAAUUUUUUCGAUAUUCGGUGUUAUUAGUGAUACAUUCUUUUGU